UACAAUUCAGUUAUUAGCUAACUGAUUUGGCCGGGAUCGCUUCAGUUGCUCAAAGAAGCUCUUCUGGUAAAGACUACAAUUUCAACGAAUCCCAAAUUGUGCGAAAUGGCAUCCUCAAAAGGCUUGAAGCUGGCUUUGGUACAGAUGAAAGGAUCAUCGGAUAAGACGGUGAACUUGAAGCAUGCUGGAGACUUGGUCCGUGAGGCUGUAAAGAAAUACAGUCCAGAGAUUGUCUGUCUUCCUGAAUUCUUCAAUGCUCCCUACAACACCAAACUCUUCCGCACCUACGCUGAGUCCAUUCCCGAUGGAACAACCAGCAAGUUUCUCUCGGCUCUGGCCAAAGAGUUGAACGUCUACAUCGUUGGUGGAUCUAUUCCUGAGAUUGAGAAUGAGAAACUCUACAAUACGUGCACAUUCUGGUCACCUAGAGGACAGCUGGUGGCGAAGCAUCGCAAGAUGUUCCUUUUCAAUUGCGACAUUCCUGAAAUAAUUACAUUCCACGAAUCCGAUGCCCUCACUGCUGGGGAUACCUUGACUACGGCUAAGGUGGAUCCCGCUACAAUUGCUUUUGGAGUUUGCUUCGACAUCCACUACCCAGAGUUGUGGAUGAAGUAUCGUGAGCUCGGUUGCAAUCUCAUCAUCAUCCCAUCGGCCUUCCCCAUUGACUAUGGGGACCGUUACUGGGAAGUUUAUCUUCGUGCUAGGGCAAUCGAUACCCAGAGCUACGUGACCAUGAUUUCCCCAGCUCGUGACACGACCGCUGGCUAUGUUUCCCACGGAUACACCAUGAUGGUUGAUCCUUUUGGCAAGGUUGUUGCGUCUGCAAAGGAGGAUGAGGAAAUCGUUUACGUUGAACUUGAUUUUAAUCUGGUGGACAAAGCAAGGAGGGAAAUUAAAUUGUUCGACAUGCGCAGGAAGGAUCUGUUUGAUUUGGUGCUGAAGACGGAAUAAAUAAUUUUUCCACAUUUUCCGAGGAUCAGCAUAAAUUUUAUUCAAUUGUUAUCUUUUUUUUUCUAAAAGCUUAUAAAAUAAAAUCAUUUUUUUUUGCAAAAAA